UUGUCAACUCAGAAGGUGUCAAAACAGACUUUGCUAAAUUGACAGUAGACCAUUUUUUUAUGUAAUAAGUUUUAUUUCGCUGUUGUUCCAAGUUGAUUGCACAUAGAAAAUGUCCUUGCUGAGGCAAAUUGUCCAGGCCACCAAGCACACUCAACAAUGGUCUCCUGUGUUGAGCCGCGGCAUGGCCUCAAUGCGCGACACUCCAGUCAUCGAUGUGGACACCGCUUUGGCCAAACCUGAAGAUAUUGAGCAAAAAAAUAAAUUGCAAGGUACCAUUACUGUACCGGUCAAAGUGGACAUCAGCCCCAUUACUGGUGUGCCCGAGGAACAUGUUAAGACACGUCGUGUACGCAUCUAUAUGCCACCCAAAAAUGCCAUGCAAAGUGGUACCAACAACUUGAGCACCUGGCAAAUUGAUUUCGAUAAUCGCGAACGUUGGGAAAAUCCCCUGAUGGGUUGGACCUCUACUGGCGAUCCAUUGUCCAACAUGCAUGUUAAUUUCUCUUCACAAGAAGAGGCCAUUACAUUCUGCGAAAGAAACGGCUGGCGUUGGUUCGUUGAACGUCCCGACAAACCCAAAACUGAACGUGUCAAGAAUUAUGGCAUUAACUUUGCCUGGAACAAGCGUACUCGUGUCUCAACUAAGUGAAUAUUGUUAACGUUGAAUUAGAUUAAUGCAAAAGGGGGCGAAAAUCCUGUCAUAAAAAUGUGAAAUAGUGAAUUUUGAGAUGAAUGGAAUGGAAUAAAACUGAAAAUUUUCAAUUUCCAUGAA